AUGGUGUUGGCAGAUUUGGGAAAACGGAUCAACACAGCCGUCAACAGCGCGCUAUCCAAUUCUCAGGAUGAUUACACUACAACGGUGGACGUCAUGUUGAAGAGCAUCGUGACGGCACUUUUAGAGAGCGAUGUCAAUAUCAAGUUGGUAUUUGCGUUGAGAAACAACAUCAGAACGUCAUUGUUGGACUCCAAAAGCCGAUCAAUAGACAACGCCCAGACUAAAAAACUGAUACAGAAGACAGUAUUUGACGAACUCUGCAAGUUAGUCGACGGUGAGACGGAGCCAUAUGUACCCAAGAAACGCAAGCAAAACGUAAUUAUGUUUGUUGGGCUGCAAGGUUCUGGUAAAACAACGUCGUGUACCAAGCUGGCAGUGUAUUACUCUAAGAGAGGCUUCAAGACUGGACUGGUGUGCGCAGACACUUUUCGUGCUGGUGCAUUUGAUCAGCUUAAACAAAACGCCAUCAAGGCACGUAUCCCAUUUUAUGGGUCCUAUACGGAGACUGACCCUGUGAAAGUGGCACAAGAAGGUGUUGCCAAGUUUAAAAAAGAGAAAUUCGAAGUAAUUAUCGUGGAUACCUCCGGUAGGCAUCGUCAGGAAGAAGAGUUGUUCCAGGAGAUGGUCGAAAUCUCGCAGGUGGUCAAACCAAACCAGACGAUUAUGGUGCUAGAUGCAUCGAUUGGUCAAGCCGCCGAACAGCAAUCAAAAGCAUUCAAAGAUAGUUCUGACUUUGGUGCGAUCAUUCUUACCAAAAUGGACAGCCAUGCCAAAGGUGGGGGUGCUAUUUCUGCUGUUGCAGCUACGAAAACUCCGAUCAUUUUCAUAGGUACGGGUGAGCAUGUACACGAUUUCGAGAAGUUUUCUCCUAAAUCGUUUGUGUCGAAACUUUUGGGUAUCGGUGAUAUUGAAAGCUUAUUGGAACACUUCCAAACUGUUUCCAAUAAAGAAGAUACCAAGGCUACGAUGGAAAAUCUACAACAGGGUAAGUUCACACUUUUAGACUUUCAGAAGCAGAUGCAAACUAUAAUGAAAAUGGGACCACUGUCGAACAUUGCUAGUAUGAUUCCUGGCAUGGGUAAUAUGUUGAACCAGGUGAGCGAGGAAGAAACCACCAAGCGUAUGAAAAAGAUGGUUUUCGUUCUGGACUCUAUGACUCAACAGGAAUUGGAAUCGGAUGGUCGCAUCUUCAUCGACCAACCAAGCCGUAUCGUCCGUGUAGCCAAAGGUUCCGGUACUUCCGCUCUCGAAGUUGAAAUGAUAUUGAUGCAGCAACAAAUGAUGGCCCGCAUGGCUCAGUCUACCAAAGGAGGGCAACGAGGCCCUGGAGGUAUGCCUGCAAUGCCGGGUAUGCCUCAAAUGCCUGGUAUGCCUCAAGUCUCCCCAGCUAUGAUGCAGCAGGCCCAGCAGAAGCUCAGACAAAAUCCAGGUAUGAUGAAGAAUAUGAUGAAUAUGUUCGGAGGUGGAGGAGGCGGCAUGCCUGGAAUGGGAGCGGGAGGUAUGCCUAAUAUGGAUGAAAUGAUGAAAAUGAUGCAAGAUCCUCAAAUGCAACAAAUGGCUCAGCAGUUUGGUUUGGGGAUGUAA